GGGACUUCGCGCCCGCGGCCGCCGUCUCCCCCCAGUCUCCGGCAGGCGGGAGAAGACGAAAGCCAUUGAGAAAUAGGGUGCACGUCACGCCGGAGCCUGUCCCCGAGUCGGACGGAGGGAGGAGGCUCCAUCCCCCCGAACUCCGCGGAGCCGCGAGAUGCAGCGGGGCUGGGCGCUUGCGCUCCUACUCGUGGCAGCGUGGCUGGCUGUGCCAGGCGAUGGCAACGAGGGCAGUGUCACCGGGAGCUGUUCCUGCGACAGAAGACUUUCUUCUGACAAGCCCCCGACAGUUCACGCCAUGGAGCGUUUUCGGAAACUCCUGAAAGCUUACGAUCGCUGUCCACGCUACAUUAGGUUCCAGCUACCUUCCCAAAACCUGUGCGGGGGCAGCAAGGACCAGUGGGUUCAGGACUUGAUGAGCUGCUUUGAUAGACAAGAAUGUGGACAUUCUCACUCGGAAAGUCUGGCCCACAGGAAGGACUUACCUCCCCCCACCAUUCAGAGUCCUGAGCCCACAAAGGGGGCACCUCCAGACAUGGGCACCACUGCCCAGACUUUUCUGCCAGGAUCUACUCUGCAGUCCACCCUUCCACCUGGAACACCGUCCUUGGACAAAGAGUUCCCCCAACCCAGUGAGACCAUCACUCCAAACCAGACUAUGGGGCACAGUCUGGGAGUUAAGUCUGAGGCUGAGAAGAAUCAGAAGCAGCUGGAAGAAAAUGGAGGUCUUACAGUUGAUACAUCAGCCAUGGUGGCAGUGCCGUCCCUACUGGCCAUCGUCUUCCUCCUCACCAUAUUCCUCCUCUACGUGGUGUGCAAGAAAAGAAGGGGACAGUCACUGCAGCACCCCCCAGAUUCGCAGCUUCGUUAUAUACCUGUAGCACCGGAUUCCAAUGCCUGAGUCAAGAACGGAAUUUAUGAGGGCAGAAGUUAUGACUUACUUUUAAAAGUGCUUUGUGCAAUUAAUAGUCUGAUAAAUAUUCUGAACUUGCCAAUUUUGAACACAUGGCUAACCAAUCACUUCCCUCUGGCUUUUUUUUUUUUUAAAUGAUAUAUUCUAAAAUUUGCCUUUCUUGCUGGAUGAGAGCUUGGAGAAAUUUUGUAUGUGUGUUUUUUAACUACUAAAAAUUAUUUUUAUA